UGUUUAUCUGCCGCCAUUAAAGCAGAAGAAGAAGAACAGCAGCGAUGGCGCGGAGGCUGCUGAUGUAAACAAACAUCAGAAACGUGUCGCAGUUUAACUUCUGAUGAGAAGAUGAGACACGGCGGAGGAAGAGGAGAAGAAGAAGAAGAAGAAGAGGAAGAGGAGUUAACUCACUCAGACUGAAGGUUAGCGAGGCUAAAACACGGCUAACAUGCUAACAUGCUAACCGCAGAUGUGAAACUCCGCUCGGAUCUUUUAUCUUCAACCUUCAGCUUUUAGUUUCUCAGUUUGUUUCCUGCUGAUGUUUCUGUUCUUGUUUCUGGUUUCUGAUCUUCUUCACUGCAGAACAAAGAGGCUGAAAUGCUGCUGAUCCACCUGGUCCAGUCUGACCUCAUCUGAUCUGAUCCAGCUCGGUCCAGGAGGGUCUGUUCUGGUCUGUUCUGGUCUGUUCUGGUCUGAGGAGGUGGCGGCGAUGGCGGGUCGGGGGCGUGGGCGGGGUCGGAGGAUGAUGAGCUUCAGUGUGGAGGCCGUCGGCAUCAGCAGAGGAGACAGUUUACCUCCAUCCAUCCAACAACCUACACCUCUGUUCCCUGUGAUGGAGCAGAAGCCCCUCCCCCUGGCAGGUGGCGAGGAGGCGGAGUAUCUGCUGGCUCUCAAACAGGAGUUCAGAGGAGCUAUGAAGAGUCUGCCCUUCUUCAUCCAACCUGCUGCUGCACACAGAGAUGUGGAGAGAUAUUCUGAUAAAUAUCACAGCAGCGAGCAGACGGACAGUCUGAUGGACUGGACUCCAGACUGGAAGAGACUCCCCAAAGAACUGCGAGUACAUGUCAGGAAAACUCCUAAAGACGGUGUGGUGGCGGCGGCGGCGGCGGCGGCGGCGGCGGUGGCGGCAGCUCGGUCGAGCAAAGGUCCAUCUGGUCAGAAGAAGAAGAAGAAAGUAAAAGAGAAAGAGGAAGUUCUGCUGAAACUGGAGAGUCUGGAGAAGAAGGAGGAGCAGGAGAGCUCCGAGGAGGAGGAGGGAGAGGAGAAGAAGAAACAGGAGGAGGAAGAGGCUGAGGCAGAGGAGGAGUACGAUGAGGAAGAGUUCGAGGAGGAGACGGACUACAUCAUGUCCUACUUUGAUAACGGGGAGGAGUUUGGAGGAGACAGUGAUGACAACAUGGACGAGGCUAUUUACUGAAACAGCAGCUGGUAUCAGGAUCAUGAUGCAGUAAAAACCGUCCAGUCUGAAAGUUUUCUAUGAAACAGAUCGAACUCUGAAAAAGACUCAAACUGUUUCCACACGAGAGAAACAGGAAGUGAGAUUUCUGUCAGAAGACGUGAAGAAGAGUUGGUUCGUUAGAUGUCUUUUAAAUGUUUUUAAGCUUUUGUAUUAACGUUUUAUCUGUUUUAUCUGAAAUGUAAAAACAUGAAUCAUAUCUGAUUGUUUGGAUUGUUGGGCAGCUGUUGGAGAAAUAAACGGCAGCUACAUGCUAAUGCUA